CAUGAAACCAUUGCUCCUACACAUCUCUUGCGUCGCUGAGAUGAUGCGAGCUCCGGUACAUAUCGUGAGGCCAUGGGGUUACCGAGCCCAUGUGCGUCCCAGUGGGCUCUCCAUUCCCUCCUCAAAAGGGAUCCUCGCCAGACUGAACAGUAGCUCUUCUCAUAUUAGCACUGUCGAAACAGGUCAUAUUGAAGUGAAGGACGGUGAAGGGCUUAUUUUCGUGAACAAUAUCUUUCCUUCGCGGUUACAAUGGCUGCUACAAGGACCUCUUAGCGGUGGUCGGUCAUACGAACAAGUAUUGAAGCGUAUCGACAGACCACACCUAGCGGCUUCUGAUCCUUUACACAUAAUACGUCGCGUCUUUCCUCAAAUAUUGGACAUCGAUAUUCGGGAGGUUAUCCCCCGUUUCAGAGAAGGCGGCGCAUUUGUGAAGUAUAACCGCAAGGAUGGACUCAAGGACUUGGACAUCGUAACCGCGAUAGGGAAUCACCUCAAAGAACACCCUAUCAGGCCAUGGUUCAACCCGUUUCAGGAGGUCAACGUGGCCCAUGUCCAUGGCAGGCCCUGGAUUGAGGACCUAUACCGCAUUCCCACCCCACGGCUGAGAGUGGAAUUCCUGCCUGCUUCCUCUGAUGGGACAGCAGGAGAACCGACCACCGAGGCUCUGUACAGUGUGUUUCGCCGGUACGGCAAGCUAAGAGACAUCGAAAGGCAGCCGUCCGAUUCCAAAGUCACGCCCAAAUAUGCUUUCAUUGUGUUCUCCCGCGCGAGGAACGCCGUCAUGGCUAAGAACUGCGUGCACGGCUUCACCAUUCCGGAGCAUGAAGGUGGUGGAAAGUCCGGCACCCGGAUCAAGAUUAAGUAUGAAGCCAACAUCAAGUUGUCCAUGAUCAAGGACUGGCUCUUGAACCAUCCAAGGAUUGUAAUUCCCAUUAUUGCCGCCCUCAUCGCAGCCAUCACAGUAACUGUUUUUGACCCAAUCCGAACGUUCUUCAUUGAGAUGAAGAUCAAAGCGACCUUGCAAAAAGAAGAAAACAGCAUCUUGCGGUGGAUCAGAAACCAGGUGAACAAAGCCAAUAUCAUUUAUUUCGGCCGCCGCGGAUCUGAUCCGCGCCGGCUCACGGCUAUCUGGGAAGAUCGUCAAGGUGAUAUCGCUCAGCUACAGUCGUGGCUGAUGGAGAACGCUGAAACUUUCAUCGUCAUUCACGGACCUCGCGGCACCGGAAAGCGAGAGCUUGUUCUGGAUCGCGCCCUGGAAAACUACAGGUACAAGGUUGUCAUCGAUUGUAAGCAAAUUCAGGAUGCCAAAGGUGACACGGCAAAGAUUUCUCGUGCUGCUAGCCAAGUAGGAUACCGACCGGUCUUCUCCUGGAUGAAUAGCAUGAGCAGCUUUAUCGAUCUGGCCGCUCAAGGUAUGAUUGGCACGAAAGCCGGGUUUUCAGAGACCUUGGAUGCUCAGCUCAGCAAGAUCUGGCAAAAUACCGCCACCGCCCUCAAGAAAGUUGCAUUGGAGAACAAGAAAAACGAUGAAAAAGAAGCCCAUCUAAGUGAUGAGGAAUACCUUGAGGCUCAUCCAGAGCAGAGGCCCGUGGUGGUUAUCGAUAAUUUCUUGCACAAUUUCUCCGAGGACAGUGUAGUCUAUGACAAACUCACCGAAUGGGCCGCUGGUUUGACCACUGGGAAUAUAGCGCACGUCAUCUUUCUCACCACAGACGUCUCCUUCUCCAAGCCAUUGAGCAAGGCUCUACCCAACUCCGUGUUCCGGACCAUUUCCUUGGGCGACUGUUCACCGGAGGUAGGAAGGAAGUUUGUGCUCAGUCAUUUGGAAUACGAAUCAAAAACUGGCACGAAACAGACUCUCGACCUCGGUAACCUGUCAGACUUGGACAGUUGUAUACAGGUACUGGGAGGCCGGGUCACUGACCUUGAGUUCAUGGCGCGACGGAUUGAAGCUGGAGAGACCCCUUUAGCUGCCGUCACCCGCAUAAUCGAGCAGUCAGCCUCCGAGAUUUUGAAGAUGUUCAUCUUGGGUAGUGACACGACCUCAAAGUCGUGGACGCAGGAACAGGCAUGGCAUCUAAUCAAAACACUUGCCAACGCUAAGGAUGCGGCACUACCUUACAACCAGAUCCUGCUAUCCGACCUCUUCAAGGACAACGGUGAAGCAUCCUUGCGUGCUCUUGAGCAGGCGGAGUUGAUUUCUAUCAACUCAGUCAAUGGUUGCCCCGAUGUGGUCAAGCCUGGCAAGCCUGUGUACCGGGCCGUUUUCAAGCGUCUCACCGAGAACAAGACCUUGAGCAGCCGCCUAGAUCUCGAAAUACUCAAACAGCUCAUUAGUGUCGAGAACAAAAGUAUAAGCAAGUACGAGGAGGAGUUGCAACUUCUAGGAACGCUGCCCAAGCAACCUUGGGAGCUCGCCAGCCGGAUCAAGUGGCUCCUAGCACUUUUCUUGAGGGGCAUCCGCCCUUGUGCUUGGGAAAUGGAAGGAUAUGAAUUAGCCUCCGGGGGGCUUAUUCGCCUGGCACGCGAUGGCUUCAAUAGCGUGGGGUGGCCUACGUGGGUGGCUCUCCUGGUGUCCGUUUGCGUGGCGACUCGCCUCAUCAGCGGACUGCAAAGUCGCCUCGGUAGUGGAACCGAGGCGGGACCGACACGCUCGGCUCGGAUGGUGCCUUACUGGCUCCCUUGGAUAGGCCAUGGUAUAUCCUUCGCCCGGGACCAUGUGAAGCUGAUUGGGAAUGCCAGGGAGUUUAUGAACGAGCCUGUCUUCGGCAUCUAUAUGGGCGGCACGAAUCACAUCACUAUUGUCGCCCCUUCAUUAGUCAAAGCUGUGUUUACAGCACGAGGCAUCUCCUCGGCCGAUUUAAUGAACUAUGCCCUACGGACAGUCUUCGGUGACCGUGGUGCGCUCCGUAGUCUGAGCCCUGCAGACCACCAUGCGCUCAGUCACAGUGUGCCAAAUCUGCUCAUGCGUGAACCCUUCCUCACGGAAGGUACACGGACUGCUACCCGCUUGAUUGAACGCCGGACCCCUGAUUUGGUCACGAAUUGCCGGAGCAUAGUCGAUCAGAUGCAAUGGGAACGCGGCAGUCAGGCACUGGUGGUUGGACAGGAUGACAUUCUGGUCUGCGAGGUCAACUUCUUCGCCCUGAUUCGUCAUUUUGUUGGCCAUAUCACAACGGCUAUUUUCACAGGAGAGAGCAUUUUGGAAGCCAACCCAACCUUGCUUCCUGACGUCUUCACCCUUGACAACCAUUUUCUUGCCGUAGCCACGGGCCUUCCUCGGCUAUCACAUCCCGGCAUAUCUGCAGCGCAUACUGCCCGUGACCGGCUGUUGGAAGUUCUGACGGAAUUUCAUAAAGCAUUCUUGGCGUGGGACGAUGGCCUGGAUCCUGGCGCCGAUUUCAGAGACCUGGAUGAUAUCUCAGAGCCUCUAAGGGAACGGAUACGGAAGUGCAAAAGCCUAGGGCUUUCUGCCAGAUCAAGCGCUCCUGCACAUCUGUCUCUGCUCUGGGCCAUGAACUCAAACUCUCCCAACGUGGUCUUCUGGCAUCUCCUUCGCAUAUAUGCCGACAGUGCUCUCCUGGGUGAGAUUCGUCAAGAAAUCUCUCCAUUCGUCAAGAUUACCCGACCGAGCAGGGAAGAAACUGGUCUUCCAUUCGACGAGCCUCCUCGCAUGUCUAUCGAUACAGAAGGCCUCAUCAAAUCAUGCCUUCUCCUGAAGGCUAGCUUUUAUGAGACUUUGCGCCUGGACUCUGCAUCUUUAUCAUUUCGGAAUGUCACAUCAGACUUCACUGUGACUGAAUCCGAAGAAGAUGCAGCUCUGGAUGGUUUAUCGCAGCCUCGUUCGUACAAAUUCAAGAAGGGUGAUGCCAUAGUCAUCCCUCACGCCGUCAUCCACAAUGACCACCGAUAUUUCUCUAAUCCUAGCCAGUUUGAUCCACUGAGAUUUGUCACGACUGACCCAGACACUGGCGAGAAGAAAGCAAGUAUGGACGUCAUCAAACCGUUUGGCGGGGGUGUGUCGGGGUGUAAAGGUCGCGCUUUUGCAGAACGAAAACUUCUGGCUUUUUCUGCCGCGAUCAUCGCCUUGUGGGACGUUGAACCCGCCCAGGGCAACGAUUUUGCCAUACCAGAGCAUAGACCAUCCGCUGCAGCUUUCUUGCCGAAGACUGAUAUCAGGGUACGAAUGCGGCAACGCAUCUAAUCAAAAGGGACUGAGUUCACAUUUGUCCUUGCAUAUACACGGUGUUUGAUUUAUGGUUGUUUGUAUAUACCAAAAUUCGAGAAGUUAUUCAUGAUAUGCUAC